UACUUCAUCACGGAAGACCCUGGGCAUCUCCAGGACAUGGCCAGCAGAGAUGACCUGCAUCGCCUGCUGACUGAAGAUGGAGCCUGGGAGGCGUUUGUAUCUAAGACCAAGUUGCCCAGGGCUAAGGCACUGGCACUGCACAGAGUGCUGAGGGACCUGACAGCGCUCUCGGCACUAGCAGACAGACACAGACUCCGGAGAGACCUGCAGGGCAGGAGGAAGUUCUUGACCGCGUUUCCUCCCUUGAGAGCAGAGGUGGGAGAGCACAUCAGGCACCUCCACGCCCUGGCUGAGCACACUGAGGGGGUGCACAGGGGCUGCACCAUCUCCAAUGUCGUGGCCGACUCCUUCAGCACUGCCUCUGACAUCCUGGGCCUCCUGGGUCUGUUUCUGGCUCCAGUGACAGCGGAGGGUAGUCUGAUGCUCUCCUCUCUUGGCCUGGGGCUGGGAGUGGCAGCUACUGUGACUAAUGCUGCCACCGCCAUCGUGGAGGGAACAGGCAGGUUUGGGGAUGAAGUUGAAGCCAGUCACCAGGCCUCACCUGGCCUGGAUGUGUUGGAGGCUGGAACAGCCGUGGGGAGGAUUGCCAGCAAGUUCCCUCAGGCUACCAGAGAUAUCACCAGAGACCUUGACGCCCUUCAGCAGCACAUGGAUGCCCUCAGGCUGGUUAGAGCCAACCCUGGCUUAGAAGAAGAUGCCAGGAUCCUUGCCACCACUGGAAGGAUCCCUGCCCAACGUGCUAGAAGGGUGCAGGCCACCUUGAAAGGAACCCCUCUGACGAUGAGCAAUGAAGCCCGGAUCAGGAGUGCCACCAAGGCAGGUGUGUCUCUCCUGAAAGAUGUUGACAGUCUUGUGAAAAAGUCAAAGCAUUUGCAGGAAGGGGCACAGUCAGAGUCGGCUGAAGCUCUCAGGAAGCUGGCUGAGGAGCUGGAGGAGGAAUUGGGGAAGCUCGACAAAUUCUACAAGACACUCUGAUCAGGCCCCGUCCCCCAAGACAAGCUGGGGUCAGCACGGAGCUGGGGACAUUCAAGACACUGUUAGAAGGGGAACAUGGGUCCAGUCAAGUCCAUGGGACAGAGAGUCAAGCCUCUGCCUGAUCAUGGCAGGUCAGUGUGCACAGCAGUGGGUCAAUGAGUCCAACUGAUGCCUGAGACCCGGACCAGAGGAUGUGCCAAAGAGGGGACUGGAGAGAGCGGUCUCUGCACUGAACAUGGAAGAAACCACUUGUCACAAAGACUGGAAAGCCCUCCCCACCUCAGCUACCGGAACAAAGCAUGGGAGAGAAGAACCCGCAAAACACAGGCCCAAGAGAAGAUGUGUGCUGUGUAAAUAAGUCCUGAGCCCCCGGCCCUGUGAUUUAGAGCAAUGCCUUCCCAUGGAUCCUCAGUCCACUCCAUCCUCAGGCAUGUCUUCAUCCCCUAAAUAAACUGUUCUGCUGUAACUACCUCA